AUGGUUCUCAUUAGGAAGCGCCAUUCUCACCUUCCUCCUGGCCCAAAGGGCCUCCCCAUGGUUGGGAGCCUCCACAGGCUAGGCAGCAGGCCACACGAGGCCCUCGCUGCACUUGCGGAGACCCAUGGCUGCCUCAUGACCUUGCAGCUUGGAUUUGUGACAACAAUUGUUGUUUCAUCAUCUGAGAUGGCCACGGAGGUGUUACAGAAGAACAACCUUGCCUUUGCGGGGUGCACAGUCAUCGAAGUAAUGAAGAUUAAGUCUCACUAUAACGGGUCGCUAGUGUGGGCUCAAAUGGGUCCUCGUUGGCAAGCCCUCCGCCGUCUCUGCAACACCCAACUCUUCACUCCCCAGCGGCUAGACACUUUGCAGGCUCUUCGCUACCAGAAGGUCCAUGAGAUGGUCGAGCUCAUACGACAGACUGAGCAGGUAGUUGACAUAGGGCGUGUUGCCUUCGUCACAGCCCUGAAUUUAGUGUCGAACAUGAUCUUUUCGACUGAAAUGGUUGACCCCAAAUCCGGGUCAGCACAGGAGUUCGAGGAUGUCGUUUGGUCGAUCAUGGAAGUAUCUGGUGCACCCAACCUUGUAGACUAUUUCCCGAUGCUCAGGGGCCUGGACCCUCAGGGCCUCAAGGGGCGUAGCAACAAACUCUUUGAAAGGUUGCACCAGCUUCUCAAUGUGAUGAUUGACGAACGUAUACAAUCCAGAGAGAAAGGUGGAGUGGCCAAGGGCGACUUUAUCGGCGUUAUUCUUGACUCUAACCAGGAGAACGGUGUGGAGUUUAGGCGAAAUGAGAUCUUAGCUCUGCUCACUGUACAACACUACCCUUGUCUCUGCUAUGCUGAGAAUGAAAAAUAA